AUUCCUUUAAAACAUAUAUUGGCACACGUAGCUAGCAAACUUUAGCACACGUUCUGUCUUCGUUUAUCGAAAUGGGGCUGUCUGGACAGAGGAGUUGAAAAUAAAGUGCAAGAAACACAAAGCGACGAAUUCUGGAACAACGCGCUUUUCCAUAAGUCCGCGGUGUAAAUGACCAAAGUGGUGCGUAAACAUGAGAAAAAAAUAAUUCGGAGCCGCAGCAACGGUAGCUGUGUCAGGCUUCGGGUACUCUGCUCGAUCGCAGCCAACUCCGCUCCCCAGUCUCCAAGCCCCCCUUUGUCCUGGAGAAUGAUCCCCUGGAUGAAGACAGAGGAGAUGGCCCGCGAUGAAUUGGUGCAGAGGUUGAAUGCCGUCACCCACAGCAUUGACGAGAUCAUGCAGCAGGAGAGCAGCCCCCUUCGUGCUGUGGACAUCGUGAACGACCUCCGGAAACAGUUUGCCUUCCUGUCGGGAGGUCGAGGGGAGAGCGGCAGCCCCAUAAUUGUGUUCCCAGAGUUCCCGGCAUUCAGUGAGAUCCAGGAGGAAGAGUUCCACAACGUGCUGACGUACCUCACCAGCAUUCCCAGUCUCACUGCCGCUGGGGUCGGCUUCAUCCUGGUCAUUGACCGGCGCAUGGACAAAUGGGCGUCCGUGAAGGCAACGCUGCUACGCAUCGCGAGCUCCUUCCCAGGAAACCUGCAGUUGGUCCUGGUGCUGCGGCCCACCACGCUGUUCCAGCGCACUCUCUCCGACUUCUUAUUCAAGUUCAACAAGGAUGAGUUCAAGAUGAAGGUGCCGGUGAUCAUGCUGAGUUCAGUGACUGAGCUCCACAGUUACAUCGACAGAACCCAGCUUACCGAGGAACUGGGCGGCACUCAGGAAUACUGCCACGAAAAGUGGAUUUCACACCGCACCGCCAUUGAAGGCUUUGCUCUUAUGGUAAAGAAGACUGCACAGACUCUACAGUCUUUCGGGACCGAGCUGGCCGAAACGGAGCUGCCCAAUGAUGUCCAGGCCACGACCAACCUGCUGGGAGCUCACAUUGAGAAGAAGGAGAAGAUGAAGGAGGACCUCAGGAUAGCCCUGAACCAGGGUAACCGGCUACUGGAGAGCAUUCGGGAGCCGCUAGCAACAGACCCCGACUACACAAUGAACCAGGAUGAGCUAGAGAAUCUGGGUACCGUGCAGAGGCUGCUGUCACAGCUGGAUGAGACGGAGACGGCCUUUGACGAGUUCUGGGAGCGGCACCAGACCAAACUGGAACAGUGUCAGCAAUUGCGCCACUUUGAACACAGCUUCCGGGAGGUGAGAGCGCAGUUGGACAUGGCGACUGAGCGACUGACGGCCAUCUCCCAGGUGGGCAUCAGUCCUGCCCACGCGGAGCAUAUCCUACGGGAACUGAGCAGCCAUGAGGAGAAAAGCUGUGAUAUUUUGGGCCGGGCUCAGGCACUAGCCGAUGAGGGCAACCAGCUCAUUGAAAGCUCCCACUAUGCCGUGGACUCUAUCAUGCCCAAGUGUGCUGAGCUGAGGGCUGUUGCAGAGGCCCUGGCCACGGAGCUGAAGUCCAGGAAGGCACACCUCCUCAAGGUCAUGGAGCUGCAUCAAAGCCUGGAGAAGGCUGCUAAGUGGUGUGAAGACGGGAUCUACUUGCUGGCCUCCCAGCCAGUGGACAAGUGCCAGUCACAGGACGGGGCCGAGUCAGCGCUGCAAGAGAUUGAGCGCUACCUGGACACGGCUACGCAGCACCUGCUCACGGACCCCAGUGCCAUCUGGAGGGACUACGAGUCAGUGCUCAAUGUUGAAUUGAGGGAGCACGUGGAGAAGGUGUUUCACAAGCAGCGGUCUAUGCAUGAGAUGUUUGACAAGAGGAGAGUCAGCCUGAAGAAGCUGGCAGCCAAGCAGACACGACCCGUGCAGCCAGUGGCUCCACGGCCGGAAGCGUACAUCAAGUCACCCAUGUCCUCCCCAGCGCACCGCAUCACAGAGAAGUCCAGCCCUGAAGGAAGCCCAUCCAGUGGGGAGAACUGUAGAAGAGCAGAGGUUCCCUUGCAGAAUGGAAGCAGCCGGCACGCAUCUCUCUCUGAGGAGGAGGAGAACCUUGCUGUACUGAGACGACAUGUGAUGAAUGAGCUUCUGGAGACUGAAAGAGCCUAUGUGGAGGAACUUCUCUGUGUGCUGCAAGGCUAUGCUGCAGAGAUGGACAACCCUGCCAUGUUGCACUUGAUACCCAGUGCCCUACAGAACAAGAAGGAUAUCCUCUUUGGGAACAUGCAGGAGAUCUACGAGUUCCAUAAGAGGAUAUUCCUCAAAGAGCUGGAAACAUACACUGAAUGCCCCGAGCUGGUGGGCCGCUGUUUCCUGGAAAGGAUGACUGACCUACAGAUCUAUGAGAAGUACUGCCAGAACAAGCCUCGCUCAGAGAGCUUGUGGAGGCAGUGUUCAGACUGCGCCUUCUUUCAGGAGUGCCAGAAAAAACUGGAGCAUAAGCUGGGCCUGGAUUCUUACCUCCUGAAGCCCGUACAGCGGAUAACGAAAUACCAGCUACUGCUGAAGGAGCUGCUGAAAUACAGUAAGAGCUGCCAAGGGGCUGAUGACCUGCAGGAGGCACUCACAGCCAUCCUGGGCAUCCUGAAGGCUGUCAAUGAUUCUAUGCAUCUUAUUGCCAUCACUGGAUAUGAGGGUAACCUGAGUGAUCUGGGCCGCCUGCUGAUGCAGGGAUCCUUUAGCGUGUGGACAGAGCACAAGAAGGGACAUGCCAAGGUGAAGGACCUAGCCCGCUUCAAGCCCAUGCAGAGACAUCUCUUCCUGCAUGAGAAGGCCCUUCUGUUCUGUAAGCGUCGUGAGGAGAAUGGGGAGGGUUAUGAGAAGGCCCCCUCCUACAGCUUCAAGCACUCUCUCAAUAUGAAAGCUGUGGGCAUCACAGAGACUGUCAAAGGAGACAACAAGAAGUUUGAAGUGUGGUGCAACUCUAGAGAGGAAGUGUACAUUGUGCAGGCUGCAACAGCAGAGAUCAAAACAGCAUGGGUGAACGAGAUCCGGAAGGUGCUAACGGGACAGCUCCAGGCCUGCAGAGAAGCCAGCCAGCAGAGAGUGUCAGACCAGGUGACCACUGCUUCCAGUCCGUCCCCCGUCACCGUAAGUCCACUGAAAAGUAGUCAGAAAGGCAGUCAGAAGAAAGGUGAGGAGAAGAGGGCUGAUCCGGCAAGUCCCGAACCCAGCUCCUCAUCCUCACCAAAAGGUUCAGAGAAGAGCAAAGAUGAGCCGGUCACCAGCCCCACCACAGAGAGGGCAGCUGUGGCCAAAAAACGCUUUACCCUACAAGGCUUCAGCAACCUCAAGAGCCAGAAAGAGGCCACACAGCAUGAUGUAAAAAGUCUCACCUUACCAUUGGUGCUCCUGUCCUCAUCAGGCCCCAUGUCAGGAUCCCCCACUAGCCCAGAUCACAAAACCAAACGCCAUGAGGUUAAGAGUGACCCAACUCCAUUUGGCUUUAGAGGCUGGGCCAAGGCGUCCCUUUCUCUGGAUGCCUCAGAGGAGAAUGACGAAUACUCCAGUGCAGAGGACCCCUUGAACUCUGACCCUGAAGACGAAGGUGGCAAAAAACUGGCUCCUGGGAAGUACACAGUUGUGGCUGACUAUGAGAAGGGGGGGCCUCAGGACUUGGCAGUGCAUAGCGGAGAUGUGGUUCAGCUGGUAAAGGAGGGCGAGGAUGGACAGUGGUUUGUGCGCAACCUCAAAACCAGCAAGGAGGGCUGGGUCCCUGCUUCCAACCUGCUGUCUCUUAUUGGGGAGUCUAAGUCCUCCCAGUCCCUCAGUAGCUCAGAGGGGAGUGCCUCUGGCAACCUGAGUACCUCCUCCAGCUGCAGUGAAACCUACGCCAGCUUCUCAGACAUCAAGGCCUGAAGUCCCACCCACACUGUCACACAGUGCCCCCUCCUCCUCUCCCCCCCCACCACCACCACACUGCACGUUUCUCUUGAACCGCCCUACCCUUGGGUUCUGUAGCCCAUCUGCGAGCAUUACGGGAAUAUACAUGUUGUUUACUGGACAUCCUGUGAAAAGUGGUGCGUUUAAAGGGAAACCAUGUUUAGCUGUAUUUGUUUUUCCCUCUACGAGGUGCCGUUUACAGCUUGUACUUGAACGACAGUGUGGUGUGUGUUCGCUGGGAUUCUGUUCAUUGACAACUUCUGCAUCAUCAGUUGUACAAAAAAAAUCUUUAUGUAACAAAUCUAUAUUUGUUUGAUACUUUUCGUACAGAACUGAUGUCUUUUCCCAUAUUCUGUGUACAUAAAAUGGACAUUGUGAAAACUUCAGAUGGGUAUGCUGGGUAAUGUCCGGUCUUUACAGUUACUGUAAAAUUUAUAUUGGUGAGAUAGUUCACCCUGCAUGAAUAUUCAAACUUGUGUAUAGUUUAUUUCCUGAUAAAGAACAUUUGUAUAGAAGUUAACUGUUGCCUGACUGAGUCUCACUGCUGUGUAUUGCAUAAUUCUGUUUGUUGUGUAAAUAUUUCCACAAAGGUCAUCACUGUAAUAAGUUAAUGGAUUAUUGUCAUUACACUGGACAUUCUUCUUGUUGUUUGCACCUAUCUGAUAGCUGGUGUACUCAUCACCAUGGAUGGAGAUUUUCCAAACAAGUUGAAGAACACAAGCUUGCCCUUCAGUUUGUCUUGGAUGUAAUAGCUGGCAUUAGGCAGUAAACGUAAUCCAAAAGCACAGAAAGUGAACGGGUUUAUAAAGGCAGACGUCCAAAGAUCAAUAAGUGGCUCAUAUCUGAGGUUACAAUUGAUGAGCGCUGUUAUGGGGCAUUCGUGUGUACAAGGGAUGUGUGUUUGACACAUGAUUUCUCCUGAAAUGCGAUUUGGUGCUGUUAACUGUCACCUGAUGAUUCCUUGGUUCCCUGGUCUUGCGGUUCAGUAUUAUGUCAGUUUGUUUACACAAAAUUCUGGAUAUCAAUGAACACUUUGUCAGUUAGUGAAAACUCAGUUAAAUAUUUUCAGUUCACUGUCAUGUCAUGUAAAUUAUUGUACUUUUAUCUUUUUGAUUUGCACUUUGUAAGUCAAGAUGAUAUUGAUGUUACCGUCUAUCACACUUUAUGCAGCACAUUGCCGCAAAUUUCUUUUUUCCUAUGGUAAUUGAUUUAUGAAUAAUAAAGGAAUUUAUAUAUGUAUGUAAGAGGGUCUGAGUUAUAUUG